AUGGCGAUGCCUGAAGUGCCGGUGGUGCCCGCAAUGGCCACCGGGGGGGUGGACGGCGCGUGGGCGGGCUCCGAGUUCGCCAAGGCCUCCAUGGCGUCGCUGGGCAUGACGAUCGCGUCGGAGGUGGGCGACAAGACGUUCUUCAUCGCGGCGGUGAUGGCGAUGCGCAACCCGCGGCUCAAGGUCUUCACGGGGUGCCUUUCGGCUCUGGUGCUGAUGACCGUCCUUUCCGCAGCACUGGGUUGGGCCACGCCAGCACUGAUACCCAAAUUGUACACGCAUCAUGCCGCGACAAUUCUUUUUUUCUUUUUUGGGUUUGCGAUGCUUCGGGAGAGCUUCAAGAAAUCAGAGGGAGAAGACGGGGAACUGGAACAAGCGGAGUACGAAUUGACAGGCGACUUGGGGAAGAAUCCAAAUGGCGACGACAUUGCAAAUGGGAAGAGGAGCUCGUGGGCCAUGAAUUUGCUGCGGCUGCUCUUCUCGCGCAUCUUCCUGAAAGCCUUCUCGCUCACCUUCCUGGCCGAGUGGGGGGACAGAAGCCAAAUAGCGACCAUAGGGCUAGCGGCGUCUCGGAAUGUGUACGGCGUUGUGCUGGGCGGCGUGCUGGGACAUACUGCUUGCACCGGCUUGGCGGUGCUGGGAGGCAAGCAGCUGGCGGCCCACAUAAAUGAGCGAAUGGUCGCGAUAUUCGGCGGCUUGCUUUUUCUUCUAUUUGGCGCCAUAUCACUUUACGAAGGGCCUGGGUGA